GUAUCAUUCCAUCUCUUGAUUUGGUCUCACACGCCUCCCGGGACCAUCAGAUACCGAUCUCUCAGCCAGACCAUCAUCACUAAUCUCCUGUGUGCUAUAUAGUCAUCUGUUCAACGCCAAGUUCGCAGUCGGUACUCUCUGGACGAUCAUUUCUCUGUUGACGUCGAUCAAACCUAAAGCGAUUGGAUACCAUCCCACACCGCUUGUCUCAUUCUAAGGAGGUCAUCUAUAUCUCGAGUCUCAAAACACAUCUGUCCCGACUACCCUAUCAGCAAGAUGAAGGUUUACUCGCUCUCUCUGCUAUCCGUCACGCCCUCGUCUCCCGCACGAGCCACCAUGCUGGGUACCAGCCAAGAUCUGAGCAGCUACUCUUUCUAUCAGAGGGGAAGCGUGGGCGAGUUUAUGCAAUUCUUCACCAAGACUGUGGCCGAACGGACACCGGCAAAUCAACCAUCAUCCGUGGAGGAGAACAAUUACAAAGCUCAUGUCUUUAGAACGGCGGGUCGAGGACCGAACUCGAUGGGCAUGGCCGCCGUCAUGAUCACAGACAUGGAGUAUCCUUAUCGCCCAGCGUUCUCCCUUCUCACCAAACUCUUGGACGAGAACGCCCCACUUCUGGCUCAACUCCCAAGCCCGUCCGCUGCGCCCUCAUUCGGAUCUGCAUCAGCAAAUGCAUUUGGUGGCAACCCAUCACAGGCGGCCGCAGGAGGCUUACCUCCCGCUCAGAAGGGGAAGCUGGAAGGUACUUUGGCCACUUACCUGACCAAGUAUCAGGAUCCAAAACAGGCCGAUACAAUCAUGAAAGUCCAAAAGGAGCUGGACGAGACCAAAAUUGUCUUGCACAAGACGAUUGAAUCCGUUCUCGAACGUGGUGAAAAGCUCGACAACCUUGUUGAGCGGUCCAAUGCCCUUUCAGCGCAAAGUAAGAUGUUUUAUAAGACCGCUAAGAAGCAAAACUCUUGUUGUGUUAUCAUGUGAGACUGCGAGGGCUUCAUCGGAUGCAAACGUGCGGAUCGUGUGUACCGAUCUCCAGGCUGAAUGGACACCGUGCUCAGCUAGGCUUUCUCACGAUCGUUGUAGCUUGUAAUUGCUAUACAUAUGCUAUCAGUUAUCAGGAGGAAUUGGCAGUAAUGUAUGGCGUUUGGCGGU